GAUGGUCUCUGUGUAGCCCAGGCUGACCUCGAACUCAUGAUUCUCUUGCUUCAAUAGUGCUGUCCUCAGACCCGCAUCACCACACCCAACCAUCUUUCUUUGAAGUGGAGUGCUGCCCUCUGAACUAUAGAAAGUUCAGCAUCAUAGCUGGCCGUCAUCUAUGGGUUACCAGCAAUGCCCUUGGGUAUGACGACCAAAAAUGUUUCCACAUGUUUGCAAACGUUUCUCUUAGGAGACGAGUGAUUCCUGGCUUUUCCCAUUAGAAUACUGAUUUGGAAUACCAGCCAGGAACGUCUCCAGACUUGCUGAAAAACUAGAGACCCCUCAGAUACAAGAACCGCAACAAGGCAGAAAUAGAAAGAGACCACUGGGAAAGAAAGACAAAAGAAUACAAGUUGUAGAGGAUUUGUGAAAUGAGUGAUUCAGAAGAUGAUGAUAUACCCCAGCUUUCUUCCCACGCCUUAGCAGCUCUCCAGGAAUUUUAUGCUGAGCAGAAGCAGUCCACCAUCCCAGGAAGGGAUGAUAAAUACAAUGUUGGGGUAAUAGAGGAGAACUGGCAGCUGAGCCAGUUUUGGUACAGUCAGGACACCGCUUUGCGACUUGCACAGGAAGCGAUCGCUGCUGCUGGAGAAGGUGGCAGAAUUGCAUGUGUGAGUGCGCCCAGCGUGUAUCAGAAGCUCCGGGAGCUGCACAGGGAGGACAUCUCUGUAUACAUCUUUGAGUACGACAGAAGAUUCGCCAUAUACGGGGAGGAAUUUGUCUUCUAUGACUACAACAAUCCACUGGACUUGCCCGGAAGAAUCCCCGAGCACAGUUUUGACAUCGUGGUUGCGGAUCCUCCUUAUCUAUCUGAGGAAUGUCUCAGGAAGACGUCCGAAACAGUCCGGUUCCUGACUCGGGGCAAGGUUCUGCUCUGUACAGGAGCCGUCAUGGAAGAGCAGGCAACUCAGCUCCUUGGUGUGAAGAUGUGCAAAUUUAUUCCAGAACACUCCCGAAACUUGGCCAAUGAAUUCCGCUGUUACACAAACUAUGAUUCUGGUCUGGACUAUGAAACCUAAAUUCACAUGGCACAUGUCCAUUUCCCAAUUUAUUCUUUCUCUGUUGAAAUGUGGCCUCCCCUCACUCUGCCUUGGACUGGGACUCUCCUGGUCUAAUUUUCAAAAUAAAACUUAUCAUUGCUAUUUCUGUAA